AUGGCCGAACGUAAAGUCUUAAAUAAGUAUUACCCGCCGGAUUUCGAUCCGUCAAAGAUUCCCCGCCGGUCGGGGCCCAAGAACUCUCAGCAGGUUGUUCGUCUCAUGGCACCAUUUAGCAUGCGAUGUAACUCUUGCGGAGAAUUUAUCUACAAGGGAAAGAAGUUCAAUGCACGCAAGGAAACGGUGGAAGGAGAGACUUACUAUGGGAUCCGGAUUUUCAGCCGAAAUUACAUUCAAAACCGAUCCCAAAAACACGAUUAUGUAGCCGAGCACGGGGCUCAGCGUAACUUUGAACCGUGGCGAGAAGAAUCGGCCGUUGAAGAAGAAGAUCGGUUGGCGAGGCUGGAGGAGGAAGAAAAUAAUCCCAUGAAGGCUCUCGAGAACCGAACCGUCGACUCUAAACGGGAGAUGGAUAUCCUGGAUGCACUACAAGACAUUCGAGCGCGGAAUGCUCGUAACGAGAAGGGCUCUGCAGGCCAGGAUAGAGAUAGAUCCCGAGGUGGAAAGAGGCGAUUGGAGGAUGAAGAAGACGAAAAGCUUGUACGGGAGGUAUUUGCCAAGAUACCUGUUGGCGGCGAUGCACCAGGCCCUUCGGGCUCCGGUUCCAAAUCGCCGAGGGAUGGCUCCGGGUCUCCAGAACCGGAAACUCCAGCUACAUCCGAACCCACGACGAUAACAGUAAAGCGAAAAGCAGGGGAUAUAGCACCCGACCUCAAGUCAUUGCUUUCCGAGUCGCACCGUGCGAUGGUAUCGAAACCAGCUGCAGCUCCACCUCCAGCAAAGAAGCGCCGCAACGACCUUGCUGGUUUGCUGGGUGUUAAACCCAAGGGAAAGGCCAAGGCAUAG